AUGCCCUCUUUCCUGUUGCUGGAAGCCAUCUGCAUUUUCCUGUUUGCCGAAGUGCCCCCAUCCCUCCCUCUUCAGGAAGUCCACGUGAGCAAGGAGACCAUUGGGAAGAUUUCAGUCGCCAGCAAAAUGAUGUGGUGCUCGGCUGCGGCGGACGUCCUGUUUCUGAUCGAUGGCUCUCACAGCAUUGGGAAAGGGAGCUUUGAAAGGUCCAAGCACUUUGCCAUCACGGUCUGUGAUGCUCUGGACAUCAACCGCAGGAGGGUCAGGGUGGGAGUGGUCCAGUUCAGUUCCGCCCCUCGUCUGGAAUUCCCCGUGGAUGCAUCUUCAACCCAACAGGAAGUGAAGGCAAGGAUCAAGAGGAUGGUUUUCAAGGGAGGACAUACAGAGACGGGCCUUGCUCUGAAAUGCCUUCUGCAUAAAGAAUUCCCUGGGGGCAGAAAUGCCUCUGUGCCCCAGGUCCUCAUCAUUGUCACCGACAGGAGGUCCCAAGGGCAUGUGGCCCUGCCAGCCAAGCAGCUGAAGCAAAGAGGCGUCACCUGUGUUUGCUGGAUGAGAGCUACCACCACCAUGAUGGUUGUCGUCAUUGCCAAUAAGUUGGUAUUAAACACAAGCUGCCUUAUGGCUGGCUCUGUGUCCUCAGAUAUAAGGAGUAUGAACCCCUUGAGAGAGGAGAGUGGGCGUUACUUCAUGGCUCCCUGCCCACCCUCAUCCCCGCACAGGGCCGAAGAGAGUGCCUUGCACGUAGUAUUUGCCCAAAGGUGGGAGGGGCUGCGCACCCUGGCCAGCGAGCGGGAGCAGCCUGUGCUGAUGGCCGAGCAGGUGGAGGACGCCGCCCACAGCCUCUCCAGCACCCUCGGCGGCUCUGCCACGUGCAGCAUUGCCUCUCCGGACUGCGAGGUCCAGCCUCACCCCUGUGAGCGCAAGACGCUAGAGAUGGUCAGGCAGCUUGCUGGCCAGGCCCCGUGCUGGAGGGGAUCUCGGGGGACCAAGGCCGUGCUGGCUGCGCUCUGUCCCUCUUCCAGCUGGAAGAGAGUGUUCUUAACCCACCCUGCCACCUGGUACAGGACCACCCGCCCAGGCCCCUGUGACUCGCAGCCCUGCCAGAAUGGAGGCACGUGUGUUCCAGAAGGACUGGACAAGUACCACUGCCUCUGCCCGCCAGCCUUUGGAGGGGAGGCUGACUGCGCCCCGAAGCUGAGCCUGGAGUGCAGAGCCGACGUCGUCUUCCCGCUGGCCGGCUCGGCGGCUGCCACCCCGGAGGGCUUCCUGCGGGCCAAGGCCUCUGGGAAGCGGUUCGUGCCGGCGGCGCUGAGCGAGGGCUCCCGGGCACGCAUGGGCGUGGCCCGCUACGGCGUGGAGCUGGCCGUGGCCGUGCCCGUGGGCGAGUACCGGGACCCGGACCUGCUCAGGAGCCUCGACGACCUGCCCUUCGGUGGCGGCGCCACCCCGACAGGCCAGGCCCCGCGGCAGGCGGCGGAGCGCGGCUUCGGGAGCGCUGCCGGAACGGGCCUGGACCGGCCCCUUAGGGCCGUGGUCCUGAUGACCGAGGCGCGCUCUCAGGACCAGGUGGCCGGCCUGGCGCCUUUCGCCAGGGCCCGGGAGCUGCUCCUGCUGGGCGUGGGCAGCGAGGCCGUGCAGGAGGACCUGGAGGAGGUCACGGGCAGCCUGGCGCGCGUCAUGAUCUACGCCGGCCCGCAGGACCUGUGCGGCCAAAUCCUGAAGCUGCGGGGAAAGCUGUGCAGCCAGCAGCGCCCAGGCUGCCAGGCCCAGUCGCUGGACCUGGUCUUAACGUUGGAUGCCUCGGCCUCUGUGGGGCCCGAGGACUUCGCCCAGAUGCGGAGCUUCGUGAGAAGCUGUGCCCUCCGGUUUGACGUGAACCCUGACGUGACACAGAUUGGCCUGGUGGUGUAUGGCGGCCAGGUCCAGACAGCCUUUGGGCCGGACCCCCACCUCACUGGUGCUGCAGCGCUGCGGGCCGGGAGCCAGGCCCCCUACCUGGGUGGGGUGGGCUCAGCAGGCACGGCCUUGCUGCACACCUAUGACAAGGUGAUGACGGUCCGGAGGGGCGCCCGGCCUGGUGUCCCCAAGGCUGCGGUGGUGGUCACGGGUGGGAGGGCAGAGGACGUGGCCGUCCCUGCCCAGAAGCUGAGGGACAACGGCAUCUCUGUCCUGGUGAUGGGCGUGGGGCCCGUCCUGAGGGAGGCACUGCGGAGGCUCACAGGUCCCCGGGACUCCCUGAUCCACAUGGCAGCCUACACAGACCGGAGGCACCACCAGGACACGCUUAUCGAGUGGAUAUGCAGAGAAGCCAAGCGGCCAGUGAACCUCUGCACACCCAGCCCGUGCACGAGCGAGGGCACCUGCGUCCCGCACAACGGGAGCUACCGCUGCAAGUGCCGCGACGGCCGGGACGGCCCGCACUGCGAGAGCCAUGAGUGGGACGCCUACGUGCACUUGGGAGCUGGGAUGCUGUUCUGA